UCUCAUUUGAUCGUUACAGAUCGCGGGGUAUGUUGUUGAUUGGAAGAUAUAAUCUUCUUCGUAUUGCAGUCUGGUCUGCUAUUGAUCGCGAUGCAGCCUCAUUCACGUCUUCAGCCAAUGAAGGAUGCAGCGUCACUCUGAGGCUGUAAGCGGUUGGAUACGAGGGCGAGGUCUUAGUACUUUUCGAUAUCAGGUGUCCAUGCACAUGAUGUAUCGUUCAGCCUCAACUUGCUUUCGUUUCUACUUGUGAACAAGAUUCCAUUUCCAUUUCUCUGGUACUUCUCUUCUGCUCUUGUUUUUGUUUAGCUCUCACUAUCUUCAGUCCUUCAUAUUUGCACAUUCAUUUUGAGUUCUUCUUAUGACUACGCAGGAGCACGACCCAAAUGGAAUCGUCCAGUAUAUGUCAUAUUCUCUCCGUUACAGUUCGGUGCGAGCUCGUGUGACAUGGACAUGCCCAUCCAGACCGGAGGAACCCCAAAAGAGAGAGGUCCUGAUCCAGUACCAUACUACCUUUCAUCCCUUCUCUAAAUUACCUCUCGAACUCCGCCUCAAAGUCUGGAACUAUGCCUCCCCUCCUCGAGUCAUCGAAAUACGUUCCUGGGGAGAUACAUCAAGAAAUCCCCUCACGCCAAUCAAAUUCAGCACCCCGCCCCAAAAGCCUCCCGUCAUAUUCCGUGUCAACCGCGAGUCCAGAGAAGAAGCUCUUCGACUCUACACAGUAGUUGAGAUUGGUUCCUCUACAUCUGCUCUUGAACCGAAUCAAGAGUAUUUAGACUGGAAACAUCAUCCUUCGAACCCUCAUCGCCAAUUCCGCGCUUUCAUGUACGAAGCAAUCCCGUAUCGUCAACCUCUCGUAAAACCAUAUCCUGCGCAGAAAACCUAUGUCGAUUUCUCUCGCGACACGAUCUAUCUGGGACCAGAGUUCCAGUCUCGGCAUCUUGAGGGGUUCUUUACUGCUACAGGCCCGCGGAUGGAGCUAGCUGGUCUGCAGUAUUUGGCGAUCGACAGGAAGUUAUGGAUGAGCAAGCUAGACAGCAGAGCAGAUGCUUUUCGCUCUGCACUUUACUCCCUCAAGUCUCGUCCCAUCAAAGAAGUCUACAUCGUCCCCGACGACGUGAAAGGGUGUCUAGAAGACAACUUCUACUAUUACGAGCACGAUAUCACGUUCCAAGAACCCCCAUACAAAUAUACGUUCCGUCUCGCCGGCUCGGAAGAGCAGUCACAGACCGUGACGGAUAAUCUUCGAGUUUGGUUUGAGCGGCUGUGGAAAGAUGGAGAGCAGAAGCCUCCCAAAGUUGAGAUCAGGAGUGUGAGGAGGAAUGGAAGGUGUUUGGCGAGUUUUAAGGAUGGCGUUUGGGAGGUGCAGAAGGUGAUGGGAGAUAUGCAGGAUUGGAAAGAGUGGAAUCCUCCUACUACGUUGUGAUCUGGGCGAUGACUCUUCUAGUUGAAGAGUCGGCAACUUGGACAUUUUAUACGUUAUUCUUUCUAUUUCGUUUGUCUUCAAGUCUUCCUAUGUUCAUUUGUUUCAUGAUUGUUUUCUUUCUUGUCUUCAUGUAGCACAGCAUUCACUGUAUUGUUGCAUCGUUUCCAUACAAAAUCUCAUGAUAGUCUUCUAAAAAUACGAAACAAUUAUUGCUAUCG